AUGGGUUCCAGCAACAAGAAGAAGCGCGAGAAGCAAAAGGACUUCCAGAAACCGAAGUUCAAGGUGGGGAAGGAUAAGCCAAAAGCGUCCAAUUUCACAGAUACAAGUUUCAAGUCAAAGGGUGAGGAGAUUUGCUCACUCUCAACAGUCGCACCUGAUGUCGUUCAACAAUUCAAACAUAAUCUCUCACUUGCCUCUUCUUCAAAGUCAGACAAACAAAGACGAGAAGCAUUGGCCUAUCUUACCUCACAGCUUUCAGCAGAACCCCCUAUCAAUCCAGUGGGAACACAUGCGGUUCUCGCCAAGCUGCUUCCACUCAUCUCAGAUAGCUCGACGCCAGUUCGAAGCCAACUUCUCAAGCUUUUCAGAGAGCUACCCGCAGAAGAGGUCAGACACAGUGUGGAGCAAGCCAUCAUGUUUAUCCGGGCGGGUAUGACACACCUCUCGGCGGACAUCAGCAACGACUCUCUUGGUGUAAUGGAAUGGAUUUUGGAUGUUGCAGAGAACGACUUGAUCGUAUGUCCUGGAGGUUGGGUAAAGACCCUAAACAGUUUCUGUGCCAUGAUGGGGUGGGCAUUAACAACCCCAAAAGCCGGAUGGUCUUCUGGCUCAAGAUCUGGUCUGCGGGCUAAAGAUGCUUCCACAUAUGCCCGACAAAUCGCCAUGUUAUCACGGUUCUUGGGGGCUGGUCUUCGGCCUGAAGCUGAGAUUCCCGAGGACGAGUCAGAGAUAUGGGACAACUUAUAUCGAAUCCCACAAGACUCGAAUGCAUUCGAAUAUCUCAAUCUUUAUGGUACUCGGCGAGACGAAGAGGGGGAAAUGUAUCCCAGUCGGGAUUCCAGACAACGAGUAUUUGAGCGAAGGUUUUUGGAGGCAGUGCUGAAGGGUACAGAUCAAGCAAAAAAAGAGGGUGGUGCUACUGGUCGAGCGGCGGCUGGCCUCGACAAAGUUCUUCAAGAUGGAAUGGGCGAAUAUGAAAGUUCGACGGCAAUGGAUACCCAGGAUCUCCUGAGCCUCUGGUGA